AUGAUUUAUUUUACACGUAUGUAUCUGCCCCCUACUCCAAUACCAAACGAGCCACCCAUGGUUUCGUAUCAGGAAAAGCUUUCUUUAUAUAUAUUCGGGCAUUGCGUUAUCGUGUAGCUUUGCAGAACAGAGAAGGAGAAGGGGGAGCUGUAAUCCUACCUAAGAAGCGGCGAUGGGGCGGUCAGGAGGCGGCGACGGGGACGGCGACGGCGACCGGCUCCUCCUCGGCAAGCCCUUGGAGUCGUCGUCGUCGUGCAGCUCGUCCGACGAGAGCCUGGUCAAGAGAACCGGCACGGUAUGGACGGCGAUGGCGCACAUCAUCACGGCGGUGAUCGGGUCCGGCGUGCUGUCCCUGGCGUGGAGCGUGGCGCAGCUGGGGUGGGUGGGCGGGCCUGCGGCGAUGGUGUUCUUCGCCGGCGUCACCGCGGUGCAGUCCACCCUCAUCGCCGACUGCUACAUCUGCCACCACCCGGAGCGAGGAGGCGUCGUCAGGAACCGCUCCUACGUCGACGCCGUGCGCAUCUACCUGGGCGACAAGAGCCAUUUGUUUUGCGGCUUCUUCCUCAACCUGAGCUUGUUUGGCACCGGUGUGGUGUACACGCUCACUUCCGCCACUAGCAUGAGGGCGAUCCGGAAGGCCAAUUGCUACCACAGGGAAGGCCACGACGCGCCGUGCUCGGUGGGAGGAGACGGCUACUACAUGCUGCUCUUCGGCCUCGCGCAGGUGCUGCUGUCGCAGAUACCCAACUUCCACGAGAUGGCGGGGCUCUCCAUCUUCGCCGCCGUCAUGUCCUGCUUCUACGCCUUCGUCGGCGUCGGCCUCGGCGUCGCCAAAGUCAUCGCAAACGGGGUGAUCAUGGGCGGCAUCGGAGGCAUCCCGCUGGUGUCCACGACGCAGAAGGUGUGGCGAGUCUCGCAGGCCCUCGGGGACAUCUUGUUCGCCUACCCUUUCUCGUUGGUGCUGCUGGAAAUAGAGGACACGCUGAGGUCGCCGCCGCCGGAGAGCGAGACGAUGAAAAAGGCGACGAGAGCGAGCAUCGCUAUCACCACCCUCUUCUACCUCUGCUGCGGGUGCUUUGGCUACGCGUCGUUCGGCGACGGCACCCCGGGCAACCUCCUCACCGGCUUCGGCUUCUACGAGCCCUACUGGCUCAUCGACCUCGCCAACCUCGCCAUCGUUCUCCACCUCCUCGGCGGCUACCAGGUGUACACGCAGCCGGUGUUCGCGUUCGCGGACCGCAAGUUCGGCGGCGGGGCCACGGUCGUCGAGGCGCCGCUGCUGCCGGUGCCGGGCGCGCGCCGCGUGAACGCGAACGUGUUCAGGCUGUGCUUCCGCACGGCGUACGUGGCGGCGACCACGGCGCUGGCCGUCUGGUUCCCCUACUUCAACCAGAUCAUCGGGCUGCUCGGCUCCUUCACCUUCUGGCCGCUCGCCGUCUACUUCCCCGUCGAGAUGUACCUCACGAGGAACAAGGUGGCGCCGUGGACCAACCAGUGGCUCGCCAUCCAUGCGUUCAGCCUCGUCUGCCUGCUCAUCAGCGCGUUCGCCUCCGUCGGCUCUGCGGUUGGCGUGUUCGGGUCGGAGACGAGCUGAUUCAAACUCUGCAAAUGCAAUUGCCGGCCACUUUUCGGACAUGCAUGUUCUGUGCAUAUACUGCGCUUGUACAUUUAGCGUUAUACCUAGUACUGGAACGGUCAGGCCGGGCCCCGAGCCUCGUGCUUAGGCUCAAACGGGUCUGGGCCCAGAAGGUCCAAAUUUUUUUGGAUCAUACCGUGUCAGCCUAAAGAGUAGAAAUAGUGGUUUAGCCAGGCUCUAAAACACUUUCUAUCUUUGUUGGGCCAUGCCGACCCAUAUAUUUAAACCAUAUAAAAUUCAAAUA